UAUAUAAUCUACGUGGAAGAUGACAGAAUUAUUCCUGCUCUCCCUUACAUCAUGGCGAUGAAAGUAGCUGUGCUGUUUCUGGCAAUCAUUUACUGCGCACUUGCUGCAAAAUGUGGCCAGAGAAGGGACAGUGAUGGCAGUCCACGUAUCAUUGGGGGAACAGACGCUUUGCCUCACGAGUUUCCUUGGCAAGUGUCUCUAACCGUUAGGCUUCUUUCUGUGGACUUCCACAACUGUGGUGCGUCUGUUGUAAAUGAGAACUGGAUCAUCACAGCUGCACACUGCUGUGACAGCCUCCUGGCUUCUGCAUACGUGGCACUGUUUGGGAAGCAAAACUUGCGACACCUCGAAGAAGCACAGGAAGAGAGGUAUUUCGACAAGGUUGUCAUGCAUGAAAAAUAUGUAGUAAUCGACAACGGAGCAGCAGCGGAGUAUGACUAUUGUCUGGUGCGGUUAUCCGAACCUGUGAAUUUCACCGACUACAUCGGACCUGUGUGUCUACCAGAACCCGAGGAAGAUUACACCAACGUGACAUGCACAGCAACCGGUUGGGGUUUGACGGAGAACGGUGGAACCACUGCUGACAUUCUGCAAAAAGUGGACCUACCCAUUUUGACUAACGACGAGUGCGCCCUAGCUUUCGCGGAACAUCAGCUGAAUAUUACUGAUGACAUGAUCUGUGCUGGCUAUAAAGAAGGAGGGAAAGGCACGUGUAAUGGUGACUCUGGAGGUCCAUUGGUAUGCAAAAGAGAUGAUGGAAGCUGGGUUCAAGUUGGUAUAACCUCGUGGGGAGGCGACCAAAGAGAUCUAUGCGCUUUGCCCAACGAACCAUCUGUAUUUGCGCGCGUCAGUUAUGUUCUGGAUUGGAUUCAUUCUACGAUCCGUGAAAACAGCCUGUGAAGGAACACGUGAGUCAACAACUUGCCAACCGCUCUAAGUCUUCAAUAAAAAGAAAUUCCAAAACA